AGCUAAGGACAAAGCCAGUAAAAUGAAAAAUUCUGCACAACGUACAUUUCAUCACGAAGAAGCUAAAAUGAAUGCCACAAAAAAUCUUAAGAAUGCAAUGAAAAUUUUUGUGAAUGAGAAAGAAAGUUUAUAUGAGUCAAAACUAGAGGCACGUACGUAUAACAAGUUUACGAGACAUAUAGAAGAUACGGAUGCGGAAGUUGGUCGUUCAUACAAACACUCUAGACAAUCGGAGGAUUGCCAUGAAGAAACAGGUAAAGCAACAACAGACGAGGAUAUCAAUGCUUCUGAAUCUCUCCUUCAAGAAAAUGACAAAAAAGAAGAUAUACAAGAUGACAUGAUAAAAGGCAUUCUAGGACGUAACAAAGGAAAUUUUUUCGAUUUAUAA